GAUACGGAAAAAACAUCACUUGGAAGUUAUAGGCAGAAAUUCGUUUGGACACUUGCGGUUGGAACGUCCACGGUAGGCAAGUUUUCUUUAAUUUUAGGUGUAGGUGCCAAUCAAGGAUAUUGUGACACUGUGGAGACUGUUUGUGGAUGGAAUUCACCACCGCUGACGUGAAAAUGUUGGCCAUCAUCGCUAUUUCAUUGCUGGCGGUUGCACACCGAACUCUGGGCUCUGAUAGUCUUGAGGAGCUGAUGAAAAAACACCCUACUUGGUCGUUUGAAGUGGAAAAUAUCGAAACAUUCAUCCAAAAAUCUCUGAAUGAGCAUCCGCACAAUUUGGGAGGAGGACUCGACCGCGGCUUAACGGAGAAAAUCUUGCGAGAAAAGGUGAAAAGGAGUUUGGCUCCCGGCGCUACCCACAUCGUGAGGAAGAUCGGUGACCCCAAAUGGGAGUCCGAUCCUUUGAAAGUACCAUCCUACUUCGAUGCAAGAGAGAAGUGGAAGGAUUGCGCCUCAUUGAUCGGUCACGCUGAAGACGAAGGUCCAUGUCACACGGAUACGCCUGCUGCGAUUGCUGCAGUCAUGUCAGAUCGGUAUUGCAUAUACACCAAUGGCACCUUCAGAGACAGGCUGUCUCAAGAAACUCUCCUUGGCUGUGGUGAGUUAUGCACCGCUGACCCAUUCCAAUAUUACUCUUGGCUCUAUGCAAAAGAGACUGGAAUUCCAACCGGUGGACCACAUGGUUCAAGCAAGGGAUGUAUGCCUUACACAUAUGCUGGUUGCGAUCAUUCUUCGUGGUACACGGAUAGCAAAGGCCUUGCCGGAAAGAAUAAAAUGAACGCAUGCAAAGGGCAACUCAUCUUUGACCACGAUUGUCCCAAGAAAUGCUCGAAUCAGAAAUACAAAACACCUAUUGAUAAAGAUCGAAAAAAAUUGACAACGUUUUAUAUGACAUCGAGGAAUGAGUUUUGCAUACGGAAUGAGAUCAUGGCUUAUGGAUCGGUCCUGACGAGUGUUAUCAUGUACAAUGAUUUUUUGGAAAAGCCAGAUGGAAUUUUCCAGAAAAAAACAGACAGGAAAUUCCUGGCCUGGGACAAGUUCUUCAAAAUCAUUGGCUGGGGCGAGGAAAAUGGAAUCAAGUACUGGCUCUGCGUACAUACAUGGGACACCUGGGGUGACAAGGUGUUCAAAACGCCAAGAGGGGUCAAUUAUGAUUGGAUCGAGUUCAUGCUGACCGCUGGUGUUUUUGAUCCUCUUGGCUGAGGAAAGAAAUCGCUAUCGCCGCCAUGAAAAUUUACGAAAAAUCUUCAAUAUCUGCGCCUUUCGUCAGCAUUCAAUGGAAAAAAAGUUGCUUGGAUCUAGAGUCCAGUCUCUUAAAAACAUUGAUAAGAAAAAAUACUCUUGAUUUAAUCGGGUUCUUGCUUAAAUCAAAAGGAAACCCGCUUCAAUCAAGAUGCUUGACUCUUCAAUUCAAGAACAAAUCCGAUUUAAUUAAGGAUAUUGUUUCUCGUCAAUGUUACUAAGAGUCUGGAUUCUAGAUCCAAGCGACUUUUUUCCAGUGUUAUACUUCACGGCUGCAGUGACUUCAUAGACAAUCUACAACUUAUUGAAAGAUAUUGCGUAUCGAGGAUUUGUCAUUACUUAUUUCUUUGAACUAAGAUACCUCGUGAAAUUUCUACUGGUUUAUUAUUUCAGUUUUGCACUGAUUGUGAGAAAAUAUAAUUGACAAAAUUUUCAAUUUCCUAGGAAUUAUUAAUACCAGAGGACCUCUGUAAUUUUCUUAUCAACCCGCAAACCUUAUUGUUUCA